AUGGAUGUCAAAGGCAAAGACACAGGUAUAUCGGAAGAGGAUGCGGCGCGCAUGGCGGCGCUUGCGAGCUAUGUCCCUGAUACAGAUGAAGAAAAGAGGCUGGUUCGCAAGAUUGACUUCUAUCUAAUGCCGAUGUUGUGGAUCAUGUACAUCAUGAACUACAUUGAUCGUACCAACAUCGGGAAUGCACGAAUCGCGGGAAUGGGUGAUGAUUUAUCGCUUGACGACCAAGAAUAUGCGUGGGUGCUAAGUAUAUUCUUCUUUGGUUAUCUUCUCUGCGAGGUGCCAUCAAAUAUGAUUUUGUCGCGAUCGCAGCCAUCUAUAUUUUUACCGGGAAUUAUGCUGGUCUGGGGUGCGCUCAGUGCCGUUAUGGCCGUCAGUCAUACUUAUGGUGCUCUAUUGGGCUUUAGAUUUAUCCUUGGAUGCAUUGAGUCUGGUUUCUUCCCAGGAGUAUUGUAUCUGCUCAGUUGUUGGUACAAGAAAGGCGAGCUUGGGAAACGCUUCGCAAUCUUCUAUUCCGCUGCCAUUCUGAGUGGUGCAUUCGGAGGACUAUUUGCGGGUGCAAUCACUGGCCAUCUGGAUAACGUUCAUGGUAUCCAUGGCUGGCGCUGGCUUUUCAUAAUUGAGGGAGCCGCCACCGUCGGAAUUUCCUGCAUUGCCUUCUUCGUUCUCCUCGACUUCCCAGCUACUACCAAGAAAUUCACUGAAGCCGAGCGGAACCUUGCGGUUAUCCGGCUGCUUCAUGAUGGAAUGGAUUCUGGCCGAACGUUGAAGAGGAUGUCCCAUAAAGAGGCAUUAGUGUCUGCCGCUGUGGAUUGGCGGACAUGGGUGUUUACAUUCUUGUUUAUGAUGGUUGCCGGAAGUGGAACAAUUUCGUAUUUUAUUCCGACGCUGACCAAGAGCUUGGGAUAUGAUACUGUAAUGGCGCAGUACAUGACUGUUCCUAUCUAUGCAGUUGCCACAGUAUCCUGCAACGUUCUAGCCUAUUCCGCCGACCGCUUUGCUGAGCGUCGAUGGCACGUAACCGCUGCUCUUUUUGUGGGAUUUAUCUCCUGUGUAUUGACAGCAACAAUCCCUUCCAAUACUGUCCGCUACGUCAUGAUCUGUUUCACAGCCUCUGGGAUCUGGUCUGCUCUCCCUCUGCUUCUCGCCUGGACUUCCAACACCGUUGAGCUCCCGGCCGAAAAACGAGCAGUCGUCCUCGCAAUCGUCAACGCCUGCGGUAACUUCUCAUCGGUAUAUGGAUCCCGUAUCUGGCCGUCAUGGAAUGCACCGAGCUAUUCAGUAGGCUUUGGAUGCACAGCAAGUUUCCUGGGAGCCGGUACGGUUCUGGCGGCUCUGAUGCCGAUCUUACUAGCGAAGUGGAGGCACAAAAUGACAGAAACAGAGAGAGCAAUCAUAGAGGCUAGAGAAGAUAGAGAGGAGCAGUUAGAGAAUGCCGGCGAGAGCUCGAGGACGGUAUGA